UUGCUAAGGUGCAUUUAAAGUAUAAAGAUUGGACUGGUAAAUUUAAAAUAGCUGUUUCACACGAGAUCCAUACGUCUUGUUUAAUUGGGUUAGAUUUAAUUAAUUAUAUCAAGACUCUUAUGAUCACCACACACUCACAGACAGAAAAGAUAGAAAAUCUUUAUGGUAAUAGUGAGGUUCCUUAGGAAGUUAUAAAUGUCAGCCAAUCACCUGAACUUGCAGGAAAUGUAGAUAUAAUAAAGCCUCAGAAAAAGAGUUUUAAACUAGAACAAGAACAUGAUAUUUCUUUACAACAACCUUGUAAUGCAGUACAAGAAGUACCAGUAAUUUCAGAAUCCCCUAAAAGAUACUUUAUAGAUAGAAAUUUCCACCAACAAAUAGAUAUCCCUUUUAAGUGUAGAGAGAUGUCAGGAGUUGGAAAAGAGGUUUGGAAUAAGAUAAGACAUGUUAAAGGGGUUUUCAUAUAUAUAUAUAUAGGCUCACAAGAUAGUCAGAACACACCCACUACAGUAACUAGAGAACAUGGGAGAGAAAAAAAAUUGCUAGAAAGUCAGAGAAAUAAAUGGGUAGAAGAAAGCUGCAAAGGUAUGAGAGAGCCCAAUGAAAGGAGUUUUAACCAGGAGAUAAAAGAGAAUAAUAACUUAGAGGGUUGGUUAAAAGAGUUUCAAGAUAUCACUCUAUUAUACUCUGAAAGUCCUGAGAAAAUCUAUACAGAUAAAGCUCUUGUAACUAAAGAAAAUUCCUUAGUGAUGACUCCUGGAAAAGAGGAAAACUUACAUGAGGAUCAGGAAACAUGCUACCCUGAGAUGAUGAAACUGAAAACUUUAGAGGGAAGUAAAUUGAAGUCAGCAGAAGUAGUAUCUAAGGAAAAGAUACAGCUAACUGAAAAGGCUGAUAAUUCUGUGUCUGCACCCAUAGCUAAAACCAAGCAACAAGAAACCCUAUCUAAGAAAUGUAGGAAUAAAGAAAUAGAACUAGAUAAAGUUAAAGGUGCAUCUAAAAUUAAUCAAGUAGAUAAAAGAAAAAUGCAAGGAUUACUAAGUAAAUUUACGCUAGUCAUAGAAAAAAUAAAAGAGGAUAGAGUGAAAGCUAUGAUAAGGAUAGCAGGCUAUACCAGGCAAUGGGAAACAAAGGCCAAAUAUAUAUAGCCUCUCCUUUAAAGAUUAUAAAAGCUAAAAGAAAAUACAAGAAGAUCCAGUGGUUGAGCAGAUGUAAAGAGACCCUGGAAAAGCUGCAGACUACAUUAAAGAAAAGUCAGUGUGGUAUCCAGAGAGGUCAUGUCAAGAGACAUCUUCAUGUCGUGAGAGGUCCAGAGUUCCAGAGUGUCUUCAACAUCAUCGCUGUAGCAGGAUUCGAACCAGGAGCCGUGCGGAGCAAGGCGGACAACAAGAAAGACCGAGCAGGAUGCAAGAUACGCAGCCUGCUCACAGAAUGGACAUUCCUUCUCAAUAUACCACGAUGUGAAGCAAAAACCAGCGAGGAGUCCUGGAAACACUACGUUUGGGCCAGAGAGAAAUCCAGAGACCAAAGGUAAAAGGGAAGAGGAAGCUUUGUCACGUGCCACAGAAUUUCAAAAGGAGAGGAAACAACCUUAUACAUGAAAUAAACAACUGAAGAAAGUGGAAGAUCUUCAACAGCGACAGGAAGGACUGCCCUCUUCGCUAAGGACAAGCAAGAAAAGGAGGUGGGGUGGGGUGCGGUGGAGGAAGGCAACUUGACUUUGUGCAUCUCUUGACUUUAUGGGAGAGUGAGUUGAGAGCUAUCCCCUGCUGAUACUGACAACUGCCCCAAUGCUGGAUCACAGAGCAAAGAUGGACAGCUCCAAGAAGGAGAAGGUGGAGCAGAUCCUAUCAGAGUUCCGACUACGGGAAGAGGAUCUGAAAAAGGUGAUGCGUCGGAUGCAGAAGGAAAUGGACCGAGGGUUAAAGCUGGACACACACGAGGAAGCCUCGGUGAAGAUGCUGCCCACUUAUGUACGAUCUACCCCUGAGGGAUCAGAGGUUGGAGAUUUCCUGUCUUUGGAUCUCGGGGGCACCAAUUUCCGAGUGAUGCUCGUAAAAGUGGGUGAAGGUGAAGAAGGACAAUGGACCGUGAAGACAAAGCACCAAAUGUAUUCCAUCCCGGAGGACGCCAUGACAGGCACAGCUGAAAUGCUCUUCGAUUACAUUUCAGAAUGUAUCUCUGACUUCCUAGACAAACAUCAGAUGAAGCACAAAAAGCUACCUCUGGGCUUCACAUUUUCCUUCCCUGUUCGACAUGAAGACAUCGACAAGGGGAUCCUGUUGAACUGGACUAAAGGCUUCAAAGCAUCAGGAGCUGAAGGGAACAACGUAGUGGGGCUUUUGAGAGAUGCUAUCAAACGACGAGGGGACUUUGAGAUGGAUGUGGUUGCAAUGGUCAAUGAUACGGUAGCAACAAUGAUAUCCUGCUACUAUGAGGACCACCGAUGUGAAGUUGGCAUGAUAGUAGGCACAGGUUGUAAUGCUUGCUACAUGGAAGAAAUGCAGAAUGUGGAGCUGGUGGAAGGUGAUGAAGGUCGGAUGUGUGUAAAUACUGAAUGGGGAGCCUUUGGGGCAUCGGGAGAGCUGGACGAGUUCCUCUUGGAGUAUGAUCGUGUGGUGGACGAGACCUCGCUUAACCCCGGUCAGCAGCUGUAUGAGAAGAUCAUAGGAGGAAAGUACAUGGGAGAAAUUGCACGACUAGUGUUAUUAAAACUCGUUAAUGAAAACCUGCUCUUCAAUGGAGAAGCUUCAGAGCAGCUGAAAACCAGAGGAUCUUUCGAAACUCGUUUUAUCUCACAAAUCGAAAGUGACACAGGUGACCGAAAACAGAUCUACAACAUUCUGACAUCCUUCGGGCUGUUGCCCUCAGCAACGGACUGUGACGUUGUUCGAAUGGUGUGUGAGAGUGUUUCCACACGGGCCGCGCAGAUGUGUUCAGCUGGGCUGGCUGGUGUAAUUAAUCGCAUGAGGGACAGCAGGAGUGAGGAGACCCUGAAGAUAACAGUGGGAGUUGAUGGUUCUGUCUACAAGCUCCAUCCCAGUUUCAAAGAUCGGUUCCAUGCAACCGUCAGACAACUGACACCGGGCUGCGACAUCACCUUUCUGCAGUCGGAGGAAGGCAGCGGCAGAGGGGCUGCUCUCAUUUCCGCAGUGGCCUGCAAGAUGGCCUGCAUGAUUGGCCAAUGAGCUGGCACCAGCAAUGGACCAUCGCGAAAGGGAAAGGAACCUGCCUUGGGAACACGACUCUUCCCUCCAGGGGGGGCAGGUUGAGUUGUUUGAGAGGGUGCCAAGGAAUAGAGCCAGCGGAAGGAAGGACGGAAGGAAGGUUUUUCUUGGGGGGAGGGAUGGGGGGAAUGGAGUAACACUGGGUUUCUCCUAACCUCUACCUGUAGAGGACAUCAUAACCAUUCAAAACCACAGCCUCUCCUUUCUCUUCUUCAAACCAUCUCCACUACUGUAAAGUCUGUGGGGGCUUCAGUUUACAUAAUAAGACAUUUUACAUAGUUGAGUGGAGGUGGGACGGGUGAGAGAGAGCUGAGAAGUCAAUAAAUGUGUCUUUUCUUCUUCUUCUUUUUCCGUUGUGCUCAAGAGGAGGAAUCUGGGAUCUAGUUUGCCUGAAGGGAUAGCAAAGUUCUGUUUUCUCCCAUGGGGACUGUAUAGCAGGCCGUUGGGUCAGAUGCUCAGGGGCUCACGGAGAAAUGAGGCCCCCGAAGGUAGAGGAACUAGACUGUUGCAUUUGAGUGAUUGAAAUGAUGCAUAUUUAUAAUCCAAAGGAUGGGGACAUAAGUCCAUUACAUUCAGAAUCUAGAAUUUCCUAAUUGCAGCCCUGGUUUCUUUUGCAACCAAUCAGGACCAGACGGGAACAACAAAUUGUACAUUUUGUUUUUAUCAACUGUUGGUGAGAAACUAGGACCAACAUUUAGCAAGGAAGAUGAUAAAGUAGAAAUAAAAAUCUCCCACUAGUCUCGAAGGUGUGAUAACAUUUCUCACCAGCUCCUCCUCCGUGCUUUUUAAUGUGUCAAACAGAGUUCAAACUGCUGUGUUCGUAAGAAGAGAGAAAUUAACUGACAAAUAAGAUGUCAUUGAAUUUCCAGACUGAUGUCAGACAUUAAAGCCAAACUUGCAAACAUAAAUUAAAGGGCAGGCUAAAUAACUAUUAGUUCAAAGUGUUGAUCCCAUAAGUCAAGACAAUCUCUAUGCCCUGUUUCAACAUUAAUGAUUGUUAAUACAGAGGAGGCAUGUGACUGAACAAACGCUUGGAGAGCUGGCAAGAAACAUAAAGCAUUUUAUGAUUAGAGAGUUAAGAUCAUAAGAGAUAUUGAUGCUGAGUCAGAAUAAAUAUAUAUCUAUACGAGCACUCUGCUCCUGCAGUGGCCAGCCUAAUGUCAUCAGGAAGCCCACAUGGGGGCGGUAAGUAUUGGAAGGCAUGUCUGAGCAUUACAGCUCUGUUUUCAUAACUGUAUUGCGACUCUAUUUUUUAAAAUAAAAGCAGGAUGGAGGGGAAGAUUUAAACUUUCCUCAACUGCAUGUAUUUACAAGGCCAUGUGUGCUUACUUCAGAGCAAGGGUGAGCAAUUACAGAGGUGUAGAGGCUAUAUAUGUGCAGCCUGAAUGCUGGAGGACUGUUCUAAUCAUCCUUACUCAAAACCUUUUCUUGUAAAACAUAUGCUUUUAACUGAAAAAUGGCCUGGUGUCUUCUAGUGGUCAUAAAGUUGUUAAAAUACAUAUUUUUUUAAAAAAAAGUUUGAGGGGGGUGCUAGAAGGCCCUCAAGCAUGGGGAAGUUAUUUCUCAAAGAUCCAAUAAAACUUUCUGAGGCAAAAUUUGUUAGCGCAAGAACGUGGAAAACAUAAGCAGAGUUAAUAGAAUAAAGUCCAGUCCAGUUUUCUGAAUUUUAAAAUAUGAGGGGUAAAUGUUGCACAUUUCUGCUUUAGAGGGAAAAGAUAGAAGCCAGAAUCCUGUUGGUUUUCAUUUGAGGUUUGUGUAACUUGAUAUGGCUCAUUGCAGCUAAUUAAUGCAAUGCUGUGGCCCAUCUCAGUCAUGUCUUUGGUCAUGUGUUUGAUUCUAGAACUAAGAUGCACCCCAGCAUCUCAUUAACUGAUUGCAGUAAAUGUGCUUGAAUAUCAAUGGCAUUCUGGCCUAAGAGUCUUAGAAAGAGAGUCUCAUUAACACAAUGAGUUGCUAAGCCCUCAUGUAAUAGAUGUUAAGUGUGCUAUGUCCUUCUGUAUGUUCCCAGGUGGGGUAGAACCUGGGGAAAUUGCUUGUAAACAUCACCAAUUUUAAAGCAGCCCACCCAAACAGGUGGGACACAGGGAGAAGGAAACACCCCACCUCACCCCGCAAGAAGGUCUUACAAUACAAUUUGGUUCACAAAUUGCAAUCUCAUGGAUAGCUUAAAGGAAUAAAACCACAAGGAGCUGCCAUCAUAAGGCUCCAGUUUAGAAAAAUAUGAGAUCAACCAAAGACUGGCUAACAUUUCAUACUAUGGUGCAAAGAAAAGAUCAUGGUGUGGAUUUGCAUCAACUUAUGGUAAUUAUACAUCUGUUUACAUUUCUACUACAGGGAUCUUACACUUGUGAACAGACAGUAUUCCCAAAUGCUUUGGGCUACAACUCUCACAGACCAUUACUGUGAGCCAUGAUGGGAAUUAUAGGCCAUAACAUCUGGAGGCCCAAAUUUUCUCCAGAGAUGUGUUGAAAAUUGUACAGGUACCACACAGGAAAUAGCAACAGGUGCCUCUUACUUCUGGCCUGCUCAGCAAAUAGGUGGAAGGUGUGCUGACGUAGAUGGAUUGCUACGCUUUGUGCAUUGCAUCUGCACAGGAUCUUGAUUUCUGGACACACAGUUGUUUGGCACACUCUCUCUCUUCCCACUGCCAUAGUAUU